GUGCUGAGGAAGGUGCAGCACCAGGACGCGUUGCAGAUCUCAGACGUGGUGGUGGCCUCUCUGCUCAGAAUGUUCCAGAACACUGCCGGCUCCGGGGGCGUACAGGAGGAUGCGCUCAUGGCCGUCUCAACCUUGGUGGAAGUAUUGGGUGCUGACUUUCAGAAAUACAUGGAUGCCUUUAAACCCUUCCUGGUAAUUGGAUUGAAGAAUUACGCAGAAUAUCAAGUGUGUCUGGCCGCGGUGGGCCUGGUGUGUGACCUGUGCCGRGCCCUGAUGUCCAACAUCCUGCCUUACUGCGACGAGAUCAUGCAGCUCCUGCUGGAGAACCUGGGGAAUGAGAAUGUGCACCGGUCAGUGAAGCCUCAGAUCCUGUCAGUGUUCGGAGACAUUGCCCUGGCCAUCGGCGGAGAGUUCAAGAAGUACCUGGAGAUCGUCCUGGACACGCUGCAGCAGGCGUCGCAGGCACAAGUCGACAAGGUAGAACAGAUGGACACGCACUGUACCACAUUGGCAUCCCCUUGUUUCGUUUGACCCUGACGCCUGUUC